CAAAUAAAUGUCAAUCUAUCAAUUCCGUCAAAAGAUAUGACAAGCAGAAUUUGCUAUCGAAUCAAAACCCAACUUUUAUAAUUUUUCAAAUCAUCCUACUAAAGAAUUGUUCUUAAGUUUUCCCUGAAGUUUACUUGCUUUUAUAACUAAACAGACCAAAAAUGUCAAUUCUAGCAUAUAAUGGGGGUGCCAUGGUAGCCAUGAAGGGGGAAAAUUGUGUGGCCAUAGCUGCUGACAGGAGGUUUGGUAUUCAAGCACAAACACUGGCCACUAAUUUUGAAAAGAUUUUUGAGAUGGGACCUCAUCUCUAUGUAGGUCUCCCAGGCCUUGCUACUGACACUCAGACAGUCUUUGAGAAAUUGCGCUUUAGAAAAAAUCUCUAUGAACUAAAAGAAAAUCGUUCUAUGUCCCCAAAAGUCUUUAGUGCUAUGUUGUCUCAUAUGUUAUAUGAAAAACGUUUUGGCCCAUUUUUUGUCGAGCCUGUUGUAGCUGGAUUAGAUCCCAAGACAUAUGAACCUUUUAUUUGUAAUAUGGAUCUAAUAGGAUGCAUUAAUCAGCCUAAAGACUUUGUCGUUGGAGGUACAGCAUCUGCACAGUUGUAUGGUAUGUGUGAAGCAUUGUGGGAACCAAACUUAGGACCAGAUGAUUUGUUUGAAACAACUUCUCAGGCUUUAAUAAAUGCAUUUGAUAGAGAUGCUAUAUCUGGUUGGGGCGCAACUGUUUAUGUUAUUGAAAAAGACAAGGUUACCAUCAAGAACUUAAAGACCAGGAUGGAUUAAACAAUAUUAAUUUCUAUUUAUACUUAAGUUAAAUAACCUUACAUUUGCUAUUGUCAAAAAUUGGUUUUUGUAUUAAAGAAGAUGAAAAACA